AUGGCACAACAGACACCAGAAAGCUCUCUUUACCGUGAUUUUGCCGAAACUUUUUAUCACAGCUCUCUGGCCUCAGGCGUCCGCUUUAUCUACCAGAUUGGAGCAGGUGGACCCUGCUUCACCUUCUAUGAUCCUGCUAGCCUUGGUGACCACGUCGCAGUCCUACAAUUUCGAGCAGACGGGCUGGGCUUUCGCACCGGCAGCCUUACAGAGCUUGGUGGGCCCCCUCGCCAUCUGGUUUUCGGAGAACCGUUACCAGCCGACCUCGCUCAAGCUGUUUCGGCUACCUUGGAGGCUCCCGGAUUCACGACUCUACCUUCUUCUCUAUCCUUAGCCCCGGAUAACCCUGUGUUUACUCCGACUACAUCCUCAAAUUCAAGUGAAAUGGGGUCGCAAGCAGAUGAUGGCAUUCCGCGAGUCAGGUUUCCUCCCAAGCCUGAGGGAUGGAAAGGAGAUCCUGGCAACCCAAAUUUUCGAGCUCUUGGUACUCUUUCACCUCCUGUGAUGAGAAAGAUCGAGCCUGCUGGUCCUCACUUUCUUGCGUUUGCCCGUAGAAAACGUCACGGCCGCACAUUCUCCGAAGAUGAGCGAAUUCAAGCACAGAAUAAGGUCAAGAAGAUCGAAGACGAUGAAUCUACCGAGAUCAGCGAGCCCGAAGAUCCACUGAUGCUUUCACGCGACGCCAAAGACUGGAAGGGUCAAGACCACUACGCUGUCCUUGGUCUCUCCAAAUACCGAUGGAAAGCCACACCAGAGCAGAUCAAAAAUGCGCAUCGCAAAAAGGUUCUCCGACAUCAUCCUGACAAGAAGGCCGCAAAAGGUCAGUCAGACGACGACUCAUUCUUCAAAUGUAUUCAACGUGCGAAUGAAAUCCUUGAGGAUCCCGUCAAGCGUCGCCAAUUCGAUAGCGUUGAUGAGGCAGCCGACGUAGACCCGCCAAGCAAGAAAGAGGUACAAAAGCGUGGCUUCUACAAGAUGUGGAACCCUGUCUUUGAGAGCGAGGCUCGAUUCAGCAACAAGCAGCCAGUGCCAAUGUUGGGUGACGAAAAUAGCACGAAGGAAGAGGUGGACGAGUUCUACAACUUCUGGUACAAUUUCGACAGCUGGCGAACCUUUGAAUACCUAGACGAAGAUGUUCCUGACGAUAAUGAGGGCCGUGAUCAUAAGCGUCACAUCGAGAAGAAGAAUGCGAAUGCUCGACGGAAGAAGAAGACCGAGGAUACCGCGCGUCUACGCCAGGUCGUUGAUCAAGCAUUGGAACAGGACGAACGUAUCAAGAGGUUCCGCCAAGAGAGCAAGGCAAACAAGAACAAGAAGAAGAAUGAACGGGAAGCUGCUGCUAAGCGAGAGGCAGAGGAGAAGCAAAAGGCUAAGGAGGAGGCAGAUCGCCAGCAAAAGGAAUCGGAGGAAGCUGCAAAGGCCGAGAGAGCAGAGAGCAAGAAAGCCAAGGAAGCCGCCAAAAAUGCGGUCAAGAAGAACAAACGUGUUCUCAAAGGCAGUGUCAAGGACGUCAAUUACUUUGCCAGCGGCGGAGAGGCUAGUGCGGCGCAAGUGGAUGGCGUGUUGACCGACGUGGAGCUGAUCAUUGGAAAGGUUGACCCCGAUGAGUUAGCCGCAUUGGCGAGCAAACUCAAUCUGGCAGGGAAGGAUGCUGAGAAGGUGAAGGGAGCUUAUGAGGAUGAAGUGAAGAGACUGGUUAGUGAUGGCAAGAUCAAGGGGGAAGAGUUGAAGGUCAUCAAAUAUUGA